GUCAUUACUCACUCGUGAACUACAAGUUCCCAUCUCUCUCUCUCUCUAGCUAUCUCUGUAUCAAUGGCUGUUGAUCGGUCUGCAGCUAAACCAGGAAACCCUAGUACCGGCACCAUUUCGUGUCCAUUGGAGAUGAAUACUGGUUUAGGAUAUUACAUGGACCAAAGGGUUGCCCGGGCGAGGCGCUAUGCUCAUGAGGGAGUGGUCGCGGGAGCUAAAGCAGCUGUCAUGGCUACUGCUGCCAGUGCCAUCCCUACUUUGGCCAGCGUAAGAAUGUUCCCUUGGGCCAGGCGCAACCUCAACCCCACGGCUCAGGCACUCAUCAUAUCCACUGUGGCAGGAGCGGCAUACUUCGUUGUAGCAGACAAGAAAGUGCUGGCUUCUGCAAGGAAGAACUCCUUUCGAAAUGCCCAAGAAUGAGCUCCCGCUGCUUGAUCCUGUUUCCUGCCUAUGUUAGAGCA